AUGCAAUCCGAAGCAUUCCCUUAUAUAUAUGACUCAAUUCAAAACUGUGUUAUUAGUUCUCCUACAGGUUCUGGUAAAACAGUCUUGUUUGAGUUGGCCAUACUAGGGUUACUUAAAAAUUUAGUACCCAAUGAAUAUAAAAGUGUUAAAAUCUUAUAUAUUGCACCAACAAAGUCGCUAUGCACUGAAAAAUAUCAAUCGUGGAAACAAAAGUUUUCAAAUUUUUUGAGUGUAGGUAUACUUACCAGUGAUACUUCAAUUUUGGAAGUGGAUGAAGUCAGAAAGUCAAAUAUUAUCAUAACCACCCCGGAAAAAUGGGAUUUGUUAACAAGGAAAUGGGAUGACUACGUAAAACUCUUUGAUUUGGUAAAACUAAUGAUGGUGGAUGAAAUCCACAUGAUAAAGGAAAAUAGAGGUGCAACCUUAGAAAUUGUUCUAACGAGAAUGAACACACUUUGUAGUAGCAUUAGAAUUGUUGCAGUAAGUGCUACAAUUCCCAAUGUUGUUGAUAUUUCUGAGUGGUUGAAGACGGGCGGCGCUCAAGGCAAACCUGCAAAAAUAUUGUCCUUUGAUGACUCAUAUAGACAGGUUGAAAUCUCAAAACACAUUUUGACUUACAGUAGCUCUUCAAAUAAUGAUUUUUUGUUAGAUGCAUUUUAUUCCACCAAGGUACCCAGCAUUAUAGCAAAAUACAGUAAAGGUAAAGCAGCAUUAAUAUUUUGCCCCACAAGAAAUUCCUGUGUAAAAACUGCGAAAAAAAUAGCCGACGGAUUACAUCCUCGAUUACCACUAGGUGACUAUAAUAUACAAAAUGCUCAACUAAAAGAAUUCUUGUCACGUGGGGUUGCAUUUCAUCAUGCUGGGUUAUCCUUUGAUGAUCGCCAGAUUAUUGAAAAAUUAUUUAUUGGAGGUCAAGUGAAUGUAUUGUGUUCUACAUCUACUUUGGCGGUGGGUAUUAAUCUUCCAGCCUAUUUGGUUGUUAUUAAAGGAACUAGAUAUUGGUCGUCAACUGGGUCUAAAGAAUAUUCCAAAAUAGAUAUUAUUCAGAUGAUUGGACGAGCUGGGCGGCCUCAGUUUGAAAAGGAGGGAUGUGCUAUUAUUAUAACAGAACCAAAAUUUAAAGCUAAAUAUGAAAAUUUAAUCAAUGGAACAACACCGUUGGAGAGUAGUUUACAUUUAAAUCUAGUGGAGCAUUUAACUGCAGAAGUAACUUUGCAGACAGUUUAUUCAGUGGAAACUGCUAUUACUUGGUUGAAAAACACUUUUUUUUAUGUUAGACUUACCAAGAAUGUAACUCAUUAUCUGGAUAUUUUCAAAAAGGUUGAUAAUAUAUCCAACAUAGAGGCAAACCUAGUGGGGUUUCUAAAUUAUUUAAUUAAAGAAUUAUUGGAUUGGGGCGUUAUUGCUUACGUCGAGGAUCGACUUGUUUCGACAGAUUAUGGUAUUGCUUUAUCUAGACAUUACAUUUUGUUUGAGACUCUAAAAUUAUUUAUUAAAGCGGAAGGCGACUUUUCAGUCGAGAGCAUUCUUAAUUUAUUGUGCAAGUCAGCAGAGUUUAACGAGGCUAGGCUUAAGCACAAUGAGAGAAGGUUUUACAAAACCAUAAAUUGUUUAGCAACCCUAAGGUUCCCCUUUAAAGAUAAACAGGAAAAGCAUACAAAUAUUAGCUCUACAUUCCAGAAGAUUUCGUUGAUUUUUCAAAUUGAACUCGGUGGAAUCGAUUUAAGUAAAAUCGAAUUAUUUAAAAAGCUACAAAGUGCAUUUUUCCAAGACAAGAUGUCGGCUUUUAAGAAUUCACAUAGGAUAUUAAAAUGUAUGAUUGAUUGUUUUAUCUUCCAAAGAAACGGAACGGCUUUAAAAAAUACUUUAUUCUUACUUAGAUGUGUAAAUGGUAAAUGUUGGGAGGACACUUCAAUGGUUUUAAAACAAUUCAGCAACAUAGGAAUUGCUUCCGUGAAUAAAUUGAUCAAACACAAUGUCAAAAACAUAGACGCUUUAAAAAAAACUACUUUUAAUCAGUUGGAAUAUUUUUUAGGGUUACGGACAGGAAUGGGUUUGAAAUUAAAAAAAGAGGUGGAUUCAAUUCCUGAAUUGAAGAUAUCCAGUGAAUCUUCCAGUUCGAUCACCAAAAGGGGGGAGAAAAUAAAGAUGACUAUUACUUCCGAGAUUUCUGCAGAUUCUAGUGUUAUUUCAUGGCAUGGUCAAACAUUGUAUGCCGAUAUAUUGUCCUUAAAGAGAUCUGGAGAAUUAAUAGAUUUCAGAAGGAUCCAAUUAUCAAAGUUGAAAUAUCCAAAAGUUUUUUCAAUAGCUACUGAAAUUGACUCUGUAAAUGAACAGAUAGAGGUGCUAGUUAGUUGCGAGUGUAUAGCAGGAGUCACAAAGGAGGUUAUUUUAUCGUGUGAUGAAGUAUUACCAGGCUCCCACAGAAAAUUACUUAAAGAAGAUUCGAAAGAGAUUAAAAAAAAUGACAAUGAUAUCACGGUAUUGUUGGCAAACUACCAAAAAACACAAAAAGAGUCAAAUCCAGAAAAUAUAGUCAAUAAUAAUAGGAAGGUUCUACCAAAUGGAAAUUAUGAGUGUCAGCAUUCAUGCAAAGACAAGGCAGCGUGUAGACACUUAUGUUGUAAGGAGGGUGUGGUAGUUUCCACCGUGAAAAGUGCCUCUACAACAGACGGUGUAGUAGUUUCCACUGUGAAAAGUGCCUCUACAACAGACGGUGUUGAAGGAGUUUUAGAUAGAAAACAAAAAUUAUCCGAUCAAAUAAAAGAAAUUACUGAUGGAAAUCAUAGCGACCCGUUAACAAUAUCAUCAUCAUCAUCCAGUUCAUCAUCAUCUCUUUUAUCAUUGUAUUUCCAGAAGGACAAAGAUGUUGCUCAAAAUUACAAAAUUACUAUAUACGAACAGCACAACCCCCAAAAAGUUUUAAAACCAGAGGAGAUUGAGUUUUUGUCUUCUUCAUCGUCUUCAUUGAAUACCAAUGAAGUUGCUGUGAAGGAUAAUAAAGGGGUUGAUGUUUUAACAAAUGCAGACACUGCAUGUAGGGAUGAAGCAGUUUUAGACCCAUUGGAAAAGUCAGAUUCUACUUCUGAUAACGAAUCUGGUUCUAUCAUGAGUUGUUUUGGAUCGGAAAUAGAAUGGACUUAG